GAAAGUCUCCAAGAUUGUGUGUGCCGCUUUCCUUCCUGGAAUGUUGGGGACGGCCAGUCCUGGCUCGCCUAUGCUUCUGACGCGUUUUCAAGAUGGACGGGACUGUUUACCAACCAGUAGCAACAUUUUUAGUCCGGCCCUCGCGUUGAGCCAACCAGAAGGAGGGAAGAGGGGGUAAUACAAGGUUUCCAGAGGACUGCCCUUAAAAAAAAAGUUGGGGGGAGUUUGCCACGUCUUCGGAUUAGAGGCGUGGGAAGAACGGUGGCGCUGGAAGUAAAGUAAUGAAUGAGCCUCUUCAUCGCCUUGCUGGCCAGAUCGUCCCCUUUAACGAAACGAACCCUGAGAAACUUAGAAGUCUGGAUGUUCAGCAGAGUGAUCGUGAGAUGGCAAGUGCACGGCGAGGCCAACGAAAAAAACGCGAUCCCUGACCACAGCAGCGGGGAAUUUGAAUCUAGGGGAUCCUAGAACUGUUCUAGGCGAUCUUGAAAUUCAGAGCCGUUAGGCAAAUCACUGAAAGUGAACAUAGUUUGAUCAAACUAUUUAUGGUAGGAGAAUUAUCCGUUUUCAAAGCUCGGAGGCAAUUGUUGAAGCCCCCCCCAAUGGAAGCUGCCUACUGGGCUCUCUUUUCCUUCGUCUUGGUGGCUUUCGGAUCUGGAGCGCUCAUUCCGGAGCCAGAAGUGAAGAUCGAGACGCUCCACAAGCCAUUCAUUUGCAAGAGGAAGACCAAGCUGGGGGACAUGAUGCUGGUCCACUAUGAGGGGUAUUUUGAGAAAGAUGGCUCCCUGUUUCAUUCCACCCACAAGCACAAUAAUGGUCAGCCUACCUGGUUUAAUCUUGGUAUAAAUGAAGUUAUCAAAGGCUGGGAUAAAGGUUUGGUCGGCAUGUGUGUUGGGGAGAAACGCAGGCUCACCGUUCCUCCUUCCCUGGGUUAUGGGAAAGAAGGGAAAGGAAAAAUUCCACCUGAGAGUACGCUGAUCUUCAGUAUUGACCUUAUAGAAAUUCGAAAUGGGCCAAGGUCUCAUGAGUCCUUUCAAGAAAUGGAUCUUAACGAUGACUGGAAGCUAUCCAAAGAGGAGGUAAAAAUGUACUUGAAGAAGGAAUUUGAAAGACAUGGUGCAGUGGUCAAUGACAGCCAUCACGAUUCUUUGGUCAAAGACAUAUUUUCUAAAGAAGAUGAGGACACAGAUGGAUUUAUAUCUGCAAGGGAGUUUGUGUAUACACAUGAUGAAUUAUAAAGUAUUUUGGAAGGACUUGCUAGUGAGAGGGAGAUCAAGGGACUUUGCACAACUGACACUUCUUGAAAUGUUGUUAUAUAUACAGAGGCCUGUUAACUCACAAGGGGGGGGGGGAAGUGCAUUACAUUAUUUUUCUACCUGACAUAUGCUUGUUGAAACUCAAUUUUGUUACUGUCUCUUUUUAAAAUAACUUUAAAACAGAUUCCUUAAGGGGAGUUCAUAUUUAUUUUGAAAACUAGAGAACAAAAACCUUUCUACUAACAAAUGGUGCUUUAAAACAGACUUCAGCCAUUUCUGCUUUCCGUUUGCCAAUUGUCUAUUUUUUAAAAAAUGUCAGCCAAAAAUAAAGUACGGUUAGUAUAAAA